AUGACAAAGGAACUGUCGGCGAAAAGAAAAGUAGACAAGUGUCGUGACACGCACCCCCGAGUCGCGGCGCGGAGAGGGGGUAGCUCCCAGCCAAUGGAGUGCAGCGGUGGCGCCACGAGCCGCGACCAUUGGUCUGCCACCGGGGGUGCGCGCCCCGCCCCGUCCUCGAGGAUCGUCCUUAUUGAAUUAGGCUUAUCAUUCGAUUUCAAGUGGGGCAAGCGCACGGUCCUCCGUGCCGGCAAAAACUAUCACAGGGAUCCGAUACCAUCUGUAAUCGGCAUAAUUCGAUAUAGUCGCGGCUCAUCCAAUUAUGCGGCUGUGAGCCUUCGCGCGGUGCCCUACGACACAAGACGCACGCGCCCCGCGCGGCGCGGCGCUUUCGCCACUUUGUUAUUGUUUUAA